AUGGCCGCCACAUUCACACUCGACGAAGUGCGCAAGCACAAAAGCAAGGACGAUGUUUGGAUGGUUAUUCACAACAAGGUCUACGAUUGCACAAAGUACCUCGACGACCACCCCGGUGGCUCCAUCAUUCUUCGUGAGGUUGCCGGCACUGAUGCCACCGAACAAUUCGUCGAUAUUGGACACUCUGUCGAGGCCACCGAUAUUCUAAAAGAGCUCUACGUUGGUGAUUUAGCCGAAGAUGAACACGCCGAGGAGGUCGAGAUCUUCAGGCCAACGUUCGAAAAGGUCGCCAUGGAGGCCGCCAUCGACAUCAACAAGGUCGCUAAAUCCAAGAUCCGUAACAACAUCAAGAAGACGGUCGCCAUGUCCUCCGUCAUCGCUAGCGUCGGCGCCGUCGGUCUGGCCAACGGGUGGUGGACCGGCCCCGAAUGGGCUCUCGCGGCCGUCACUACGGCGCAAAAGCCCAUCAGCCAGCUCGCCAAAUUUAUCAGAGCCAAGUUCGCCCAAAACGGGGGCUCGUCUAAGCUCUUCUGGUGGGGCGUCGGCAUCGCCACUGUCGUCGAGUUAUCCUUGACCACCGCCGUCACCACCUGGGCGCUCUCCAAGUUCGAAGCCCAGAAGGAGUUCACCCACUUCCCGCGCAGCCGCCCGGCCAAGAAGGAGCGUAAGGUGGCCAUCCUCAACGUCCCCACCUCUUCUACCACCGGUCCCGCCGUCAAGCCUCCCGUCAAGGUGAUUGACCCUGCCAACUGGCGCAAGUUCAAGCUUGUGCGCAAGGUUUUGGUGUCUCCCAACGUGUACCACCUCUUCUUUGCCCUCCCACAUCCCACCGACGUCCUCGGCCUGCCCACGGGCCAGCACAUUGCCCUGCGCGCCAUGAUCGACGGCAAGUCCGUCUCGCGCUCCUACACUCCGGUCUCCAACAACUCGGACCUUGGCCGCGUCGAGCUGCUCAUAAAGGUCUACGACAAGGGCCUCAUGACCAAGCACCUCGAGCGCAUGGAAAUCGGUGACCAGAUCGAGAUCCGCGGGCCCAAGGGCGCCAUGCAGUACGUGCCCAACCAGUACGCCAAGGAAAUCGGCAUGAUUGCGGGCGGCACCGGCAUCACUCCGAUGUACCAGCUCAUCCGAGCCAUCUGCGAGGACAAGUACGACAAGACCAAGAUUUCUUUAUUGUACGCUAACAACACCGAGGCGGACAUCCUGCUGAGGGAGGAGCUCGACGGGUUCGUCAAGGCCUUCCCCGAGAAGCUGUCGGUGCAGUAUGUCUUGAGCCAUGCCGACGACAAGUGGAAGGGCCUCAAGGGUUUUGUAACGGCCGAGAUGAUCAAGGAGUUCUUGCCACCUGCGAGUGAUUCCACCAAGAUGUUGCUGUGCGGUCCCCCGCCCAUGGUCGCGGCCAUGAGCAAGAAUCUGGUCUCGCUUGGCUUUACUGCACCGGGGACGCUGUCGAAGGCUACGGAUCAAGUUUUCCUGUUUUAG